AUGGCCCGCGCCAUGGGCUUCUCGGGCUUCGGCACCCAGCCCGCCAGCAAGCGGCGCAAGUACAAUCCGCGCAUCGACGAAGCCGUCACCGACGCCGCACCCGCUCCGGGCCUCCCUGUGCGCCACAACCAGGGCAAGGGCGCUAAUUCGCUGCCGUUGGGGGUCAGGCGUGCAAACAAGGACGAGAUCUCGCUCGAUGAUGAUGACGACGACGCCGCCGAGGACGGGGCGCCCGCCGUUGUCCAGCAGGAUGAGGUCAGGGCUGGGGGAGCACGGUCGUCUAAUGGGAACGACGACGAAGAUGACCCGGAGCCUCAGUAUAUCGACACGUCGCGCCCGUCCUUACCAGAAGUAGACGAUGUCCAGUCCAAGAUCAACGCCAUCGUCGGGUCAACGACAGAUCCAGCCCAGCCAGGGCCCCAAGGCCCCUUCGCGGGCGCUCGAGGGGGACAUCGUCCGGGAGGCCGUGGCGGUGAACGGGAGGGCCACGUGUGGUACGAGGACUACUAUGAUCCGACGACGAACAUGAACCCCUGGGAGAAGCUGGAGAAGGAUCUGGGCUUGAAGCCGACGAACUCUUGGCUGACCUGGGAGGAGUCCAAGGCCCGGUGGCAGGAGAUUCAGGAGAAGAGCCUGCAACAAACGCCUGCUUGA